CACAGCGGAAGUAAACAAAAAAACAAAAAACAAAUCGCGUUCUCAUUUCGGAUCAGGAAAAAUUGUUCACCUUAAAUUAAACAACAAUGUCUUCAGUUGCGUGUUUGAGGAAGUUCGUUAAUGAGCGACUGACGGCCGCGGCUGAAGAGAUAAUUAGCGUGUUUGCAAAAACUAUUGUCGACUACGAAGAAGAGAUCAACCGUCAGCGCAGGCUGCUCACUAUCAUCUGGAAACCUCAAGUAAAGUUGCACAGGACAGAGUUCCCACAACAUUUCAUUAAAGUGAAGGACAUUCACACGGAGCUGCAGCUCUACGAAAAGGACAGGAAGUCCAUUUUGGACCAAGAGGAUGGAGAGCUCGAGCCGAUUCAUGGAGAGACCUUCACCAGUCAUGACAAUGGAGAAGUUGUGCUCAAAGAGGAAGCUGAAACCCUUUUCCCAAGUAUCACUUUUGAUGAAGGUGACAACAAUGUAGAUCAGUUUGUCUUGUCAAAUCCAGUGGAAAAUGAGUCCAUAGACACAGUAUCUGUUAAAGCUUCCAAUGUAACAGAAUAUAAAACUGAUUAUCAACUUGUCUGUAACUAUUCUCAAGGUGUGAGCAAAGGUCAGAAUGAAGUAAAUGAUGGUGGCUCAGCACUAACCAGACAAGUAGAGACAAGACUGCAGAGAAGACAUCACAGAAUAAAUGAACAUAGUCCGGUCACGUUCAAGACACCUGUUUAUACUCACAAGGGUAAGAUUUGUGAGUUUGUGUGCGAAUCCUGUGGGAAAGCAUUUUCAUAUAAGUCCAAGCUGAUACGGCACCAGCUCAUCCACACGGGCGUAAAGCCGUAUUGUUGUCACACCUGUGGUAAGCGAUUCAACCAGACCUCAAUACUGAAGGUCCAUCAGAGGAUCCACACGGGUGAGAGGCCAUACUCCUGCGACGUCUGCGGAAAGCGAUUCAACCAGAAGUCGAUAUUGAAUGUUCAUAAAAAAAUCCACUCAAUCGAGAGGCCGUAUUCCUGUGAUUUCUGUGGCCGAAGAUUCAAGCAGAAAUCAAAACUGGACUCUCAUGUCAUAUGGCACUCAGACAUUCCACAGCCGCUUUUCUUUAAGGAAGAAAGUUUUCUUGCUGACCAGCAGCUCUAUAACCCUGACCAUAACUCUGCCUUGGACUUGGAGAUUCCAAAAAUCAAAGAGGAACAGGAAGACCUUUGCCCGGGUCAGGAGAAGGAGCAGUUUGUGCUAAAGCAGGAGGUGGACACGUUUAUGAUGACUCUUCCUCAUAGUAAAGGUGACCACAGUGUGGCUCAAACUCUCAACAGGAACCCAUCAGAAGAAGAGUCAGUAGAGAUUGUAUCAGAUUACCAAGGUGGGAAACAACCAGAGAAGACAAAUCACAGGAUCUGUAAUGUAUAUAAUCCUAUCCUGUUCAAGACUUCCUGUAACACUUACAUGGGUAAAAAGUGUGACUAUAAAUGUGAUACCUGUGGGAAAGUGUUUCAGUUUAAGUCUAGACUGAUAAGACACUUCAGAAUCCACACGGGAGUGAAGCCAUUCUGUUGUCACAUCUGCGGCAAGAGAUUCAACCAGAAAUCCAUCCUGCAGGUCCAUCAGCGGAUCCACACUGGUGAAAGGCCUUUUUCUUGUGACAUCUGCGGGAAACGCUUCAACCAGAAAUCCAUACUGAACGUUCACAAGAGAAUCCACACGGGCGAAAGGCCAUAUUCCUGCGAAGUCUGUGGCAAGAGGUUCAGCCAGAAGUCCAUACUGGAUGGCCACAUCAGGACACAUACGGGAGAGAGGCCGUAUUCCUGCAAGACAUGCGGCAAAAGCCUCAAAAGUCAGUCCAGUCUGCUGGUUCACAUGAAGAUGCACACAGACAAAAAGGACUACUCCUGUGAAAUGUGGGAAAGAUUUUAGAUUUAAAACCUGCCCAGGUCAUCGCGUCUAGGUUUAUCAAACUUGAUGUGGGGGUGGAUUUCAAUAUCAUGUAAAUAGUAAAAUAAAUAAAAAAUCAACAUUAGAGGUAAGAAGCUCAAUCCACUGUGGGAAAAUAUGCCUGUAGGCAUUUCACUGUAGAUAUACGAAGCUGGGCUGCAACCUAACAGAAAGUGACAAUAGUAACAUAACAAAUGUGACUUUACAUGUAGUAAAAGUCUUCCAUGCGAGUAGAAAACAGGACAGUCAUAGUGAGCAUGCAUGUUUUGAGCUUUUGCUGCUUUGUUCUCUGAUUUUUUUUGUUGUCUAUUUUUGCUUGAUAUGUAUAGGAAUCUUAGGUGCUUAAAUUUUAGAAAGAUAUGAUUUUUAGCACAGUGGAUUCACUCUCAAGUUUGCUAUAAAGAAAGCAUUGCAGCACCUGCGACAUAGAUGCAUAAUUGCUUCCCUGAUAAUGUAAAAUGCUAAUGCUAAAUCACAUCUUCAAAACUAGCGUGGUGUAUGUUUUAGACGGAUAUAGACUGAGAUACGCUCGUCAUGGUAAUUAUCAUAGGUAAGUAAGCUUAUAGGUAUGUCUCGCUAUUUGUGUGUACUUUACUGUAUGUAGGUUAUAUUUAUACAGCAUAUAUGCAUAUUAUGCUUGUAUAAAAUAAGUAUAUUAAGAGGGGAGGGGAGGGGAUCCACCACUGUGGUUCCACUUCUGGUUUGGGGCUGCUGUCUAACUUUAAACCAGUUCUCCAAGCUGGUGCAAAACAUGCUUAUCUCGGGUUGUAGCGAACUAAAACAUUUAAGAGCAUGUUUGAAAUUCUCAAGCAAGCAUGGUCCCCCUUUCAGACCUAAACUCAUAUCCCUCUAUUACCGCAACUUCAACUCCUUCCUCUUUUCUUUUUUUUGUUCAAAAUUACGAAGAGAAGGAGCCGAUACAUCAUCAGGCAUUGAUUCAAUGGCAACUCCGGUAAAAAUGUGUUAAAAGUUUGAACAUAAAUAAAUGUAUUGCCUGAACAUAAACUCACACUGAACAAACUAGAGAGAUUGAACCUUAAAUUUUAGUAGAGUUUAGCAAAUACCAUAUGGUGCAUUUCAGUUGGUGGGACAAAAUUGGCUUUUUUCUGGCAAUACUCCCUGACAACCUGUUGACCUAUAGAUGGGGCCUAAUGGAAACAGGCGGCUAGAGUAACUAAUAAUUUUGCCACCGAUCAUUUUGUUAAACAAUUAUUUCUGAACGUGGAAUUUUAUUUCCGCACUUAAUGUAUUCCAGUUAAAGUUUAGAUUUUUCGUAAAUGUGUAUUUGAGAUUAUGUUACUGCAGCAAAAGAUAACUAGGCAAAUUAAUUAUUACAGAAAAAGAAGACUUUUUACGAAUCUUUGCCUGAGUUGCCAAUAAAUGUGGCCAUGUUGUUUAAACAGUGUUCAGACUUGCCGUAGAUGUCAGUAGACAACAUUUCUAAGCUUCUCAAGAACAAACGAUAAUGAUACUAAUGUCCAUGGACAUUUUAAAUAUAAUUCCCUAUUUUCUUUCUUUGCUGAAAAGAACUAAUGUUUAUUAUGAGGAUGAAAUACUUUAAAAUAAGGAAUGUGACCCUUUUUGCGAUAUGAGCAUUGUUACCAAACCAUGUAUUGGGAUUCAUCAAACUAGAUAUUACAAAGUUUUUGGAAUUGUGACUAAUAAUGUAUUUUUGAAGGGCCAGAUAGUACUGCCACUUUGCCCUCAGACUGCAGUAAAAACAAAGAUUCUUCCUUCCUUCUAAUUUAAUGUCACCAGUCGAACUCUAAAUGCUGGCCAAUUUUCUGCAGCUGCAUCUUGGAGAUGUAUGCUGUGACUAUAAAAUGAAAAAAGUUGGUCCAAAUCUUUAUUUGAUUUUUUUCAAUAGGAAUGAACAGAGUCAGACCCGGUGAUAGUUUAGGUUUAAUGCAGAUUAAUGGGCAUCUUUAAAAAAAGAAAAGUUGCCCUGCUUGUCAGAAAUGUUCAGGAUGUUUUCAUGUACUUUAUGUUACAUUUCCUUUUAAACUUCUCUCUAGCGUCCUGUUACAGAUCCUUUUUUUUAUUCAGAACGCACAAAAUACACUAACUGAUGUUAUGUCUGUCUUUGAUAAGAUUGUAUUGUCAAAUGUUGUAUAAGCAGAACUAUCCCUUUUGUGACUUUGUGAGUUCAAAGGACAGUGAAAUUACUAAUGUGACAUUACCAGCUGUGCAAAUAAAGCUUAUACAGACACCCUGUUGAAGAGCAAAUGUCCAGAAAUGCAGCUUCGGACCAUCUCCGAGACCGUUUUCUAGAAAGGUGUAUGGACCUUGUGUCAAAAACAAAGUUCAAGACUGAUGUGUUGAGAACCCGUGUGUUUGUUAAACCAGUUUAUGAAGCAGGUUGGACUUCUGUAAUGUGCCUAAAUAAAGUGAAUGUAAGAUAUACUGUGAGGAAUAAUGAUGAAAUGUUUAGAGUCCAAAGGUUUCAAAAGCUGAAUAAAGCAUAUUUACUGUAUUUAUCUUGAUGGUGUAGAUUGUUUGUCGAGUAGCAGUGUUUAUUGAAAUGUCCUCUUCUUAGAAAAUUAAUUACUUAUUAAUGGAAGUUUAAAAAUAUGUUGGAAGAAUUUUUUUGCAUUGUUUAUAAGAACACCAAGAAAUGAGAUGGAGAAUUUGUGGAACUUAUCUUGUCUGCAGCUUCGGUUCCAGUUCUACAUUUGAGUUUAUUUUUGAGGUAUUGUUAUUCCGAUUAUAAUUUCUACAUUGAUACCGUACUAUGAUUAGAUGUUACGUUAAACAACAUGGACCAAAAUGUUAAAAGAGUAUACCCUGGCUGGUGCCUGAAUAAACUUGAGAAUAAUGUGA